AAAAAGAGAAAAAAAGUAAAAAAAAACAAAAAAAAAAAAAAAAAUUAAAACUAGAAAAAAAAUAAAAUCGAAGUUCAAAGAUCAAGUUUGCGUUUUAUUUGAAAAAUUCCAUACAUAUCUUUACACAAUGGCCUCUCUCAAGCACAAUUCUGCAACCGCUAUCGUUCACGUCACUACCACAACCACCAUCACCACUACUAUCCCUACCACCAUCUUUAAAGCAUCAAGAACAUUUAAAAACUUUUGUGUGCUUUUGGCCUCGUUUUGUUUGAUUGCUCAGUUCAUUCAGUUGCCGUUACCCUGCAUGUCUGCCAAAACUUAUGCUGUCGAUUCAGUCAAGGACCAAACGGCAGAUGCUCUACAUCUUCAGCAUUAUUACCAUCACAAUCCAGAGCAUCAUUAUAGCGCACAACGCAGUCACAGUCGGCGACGUUUGCAACGAGAUUCUCUUACAAAGCCCACAAUACAGAAUACAAGUUAUUGUAAUGAUGUACGAAAGGUUUUCGAAUCGAUUGACAUUAAAUUGUCAGGAAAUUUCGAUGAAAAAGGUUCCAUCUGUGGCGGUCUAUGCUGCACAAAUGCAACAGAAAUUGAAUUGCGGAAAAAAGCUACAAUCGAAUUUGAGCGUUUAUUACAUCAUCACACAAAAAGCUUACGUGGUAUCUUGGAAUCAACAGCCAAUUGGUUUCAAUCACACGUCUUGGAAUUGGCUCAGCAAUCGGAAAACAGAACAUUGAAUGUGUUCUCGCAAGUCUACUGGCGUAUGGAACCAUUAUCGCGUAAAUUAAUCAUUCAACUAUAUUCGGAGAUUAUAAGUCAUUUAAAGGCGACCGAGCCGGUUAACUUAUAUUCUCUCGAAGAUGUAAUACACAAAUUUUUUGUCCACCUCUUCCCGGUUGCCUAUCAUCAAGCAGUGCACUUAAGCAAAAACAAUUACGGUGAAUUACACGAGGAUUAUAUAAAUUGUUUGAAGCAUACAUUCGAUGAUUUGCUACCAUUCGGGCAAAUACCCAAAGAACUGGCGCGAAACUUAAUGCAGAGCGUACAGACGGCACGAAUUUUUAUGCAAGCGUUGCAUCAAAGUGCCGAAGUGCUGAGCGAAACUGAUGAAUUGUAUGCAUCACAUUUAAGCGCCAGCUGUCAAAAGCACCUACUGAAAAUGAGUUACUGCCCCAGUUGUACUGGUUUGCCCAAAGCUCAUAUAAAACCGUGCUACAGUUAUUGCAUGAAUGUGCUAAGAGGUUGUUCAGCUCAAUACGCCGGCGUAUUAGACAGCCCUUGGUCGAAUGUUGUCGAUGCCAUCGAUAAUUUAGUUACAACGCAUAUACGUUCUGACGCAGGCAUUGUAACUAUCAUUAAGCAAUUGGACAGCAAACUAUCCGAAGCAAUAAUGCUAGCCAUGGAGCACGGUCCUGAUUUAGAAAAUAAGGUGAAGAAAACGUGCGGUACUCCUAAACUUUUGCCUUCGCUUACGAUGAAUAAUGAGGGCAAACCAUUGACCCAGCAUAGCGUGAAAUGGGCAUCGCCAGCAGAUUCCGAGAUUUUACGUUUCCUCUCAACGAUCGACAAGUCCAAAGAAUUUUAUUCCAAUAUAGUCAACAAUGUUUGUGAAGAUGAAGAUAUACAGAGAAACGAUCAUCAUUGUUGGACUGGCGAUAGAAUAGGCGAUUAUACGCAACUAGUUAUGACGACAGGCAUUGAUACGCAGCGGUACAACCCCGAAGUACCACUGGAACCCGAUGCUCAACCCAACAAAUUAAACGAAUUAGUUGACAAAUUACUAAAAAUUAGAAAAAAUAUUGCAACAGCGAUACCUUCCCCCAGUCGUAACAUAAACGAAAUACAAAACGAUAUGGCUGGUCGUGAUGACGAAGGCUCCGGACGAAUAACCGAUGAUAUGGAAGAUGAUGAAUAUAAUAGCCUACAAGAAUCAAGCGGUUCAGGCGAGGGUCCUACGUCUACACCAUACGAUCCUAUGAGUCCAGCACAUAAUCCGGAGGAAAACGAAAUUGAACCACGCUCCGGUUCAGCUAAGCCGACUGUCUUAAUACUUGGUUGUUUAAAAUGUUCAGCAGCCAUAGUGCUAGUCAUAAGCUUUUUAACGUGUCGGCUAUAAAACCAACACAAAUAACGCCAGAGUGCAACUCUAACGGUAACGAUUUUAAUUUUAGUUUAGUAUUAUUAUUAUUAUUAUUAUUAUUAUUAUUAUUAUUAUUACGAUUAUUAUUA